GUCAGGCAAACACGAGCACGCAGGCACCACUGGGAGAUCAGAACUUCUAGCUGGCUCUCUGCUGCCACAGCUCCACCGAAAGGGUUGGGGAGGAAGAGGGGGAGCCCUGCCGGGGGACUAAGCCCACAACUGAGAGGAGAGGCAGGUGUUUGCAGGCCUGUGGGACUGUUGGAUCCUCAGCUGGAGGUGCAUCACCUGGACCAUGAGGUCAUCCCUCUACUGGCUCCUCCCACUUCUCCUCAUCUUGGCCUCGGUGGCCCAAGGCCAGCUGACAAGGCGACCAAGACCCAGGCCCAGGCCCAGACCCAGACCCAGGCCCACACCCAGCAUUCCUCCGCCCCAUGAGCCAUCGGAGCCUACAGACCUGCCCCCUCCUCUCCCACCAGGCCCCCCUUCUAUCUUCCCUGACUGCCCCCGGGAAUGCUACUGCCCCCCGGAUUUCCCGUCCGCUCUCUACUGUGACAGCCGCAACCUCCGGAAGGUCCCUGUCAUCCCCCCCCGCAUCCAUUACCUCUACCUGCAGAACAACUUCAUAACGGAGCUCCCCGUGGAGUCCUUCCAGAAUGCCACCGGCCUGAGGUGGAUCAACCUGGAUAACAACCGGAUUCGCAAGAUAGACCAGAAGGUUCUGGAGAAACUGCCCAGUCUGAUAUUCCUCUACAUGGAGAAGAACCAGCUCGAAGAAGUGCCCUCGGCCCUGCCCCGGCACCUGGAGCAGUUGAGGCUCAGCCAGAACCAGAUCUCCAGAAUCCCGCCUGGCGUCUUCAGCAAGCUAGACAGCUUGCUGCUCCUGGAUCUCCAGCACAACAAGCUAAGCGACGGCGUCUUCAAGCCCGACACCUUCCAGGGCCUCAAGAACCUCAUGCAGCUCAACCUGGCCCACAAUAUCCUGAGGAAGAUGCCCCCCAAGGUGCCCACGGCCAUUCACCAGCUCUACCUGGACAGCAACAGGAUCGAGACCAUCCCGAACGGCUACUUCAAGGGUUUCCCCAACCUUGCCUUCAUUCGCCUGAACUACAACAGGCUGUCAGACCGGGGGCUCCCCAAGAAUUCCUUCAACAUCUCCAACCUGCUCGUGCUCCACCUGUCCCACAACAAGAUCAGCAGCGUGCCCGCCAUCAACAACAAGCUGGAGCACCUGUACCUCAACAACAACAGCAUAGAGAAGAUCAAUGGGACCCAGAUUUGCCCCAACAAUCUAGUUGCCUUCCAUGACUUCUCCUCGGAUCUGGAGAACGUGCCACACCUCCGCUACCUGAGGCUGGACGGGAACCAUCUGAAGCCACCCAUCCCACUGGACCUCAUGAUGUGCUUCCGUCUGCUGCAGUCCGUGGUCAUUUAGGCCUUACUCUGCCUCUUGGAUCGCCUCUGACGGCACUUGAAUGCUGGUGACCCCGGUGCCUGUGCCCACCAUUCAUGUCCUCUAUCCUCCUUUCUCAUUCCCAGCUUUGCCUUUCUUCUCCCAUCUUCCCGAGGCAGGGACUAGCCACGUGCUCUGCUGCUCCUGAGGCUUUUAGAGCAAGACUUCUAAGGGCUUGAUUUGGUUCACCCAGCUCAAGGACACCGACUGCACACCCGCACUUCUGGCCCCAGCAGCACAGAGCUGUGCCCAAAGACAACCUCUUCUCUCCUCCUCCUCUACCCUGACACUCCUGGGUAAGUCGGGACCAUGGGCUAACAUCUGGAACUUGGUCCCGACCAAAGCAAGUAGAAGGUGGUCAGAACAGCCCAGAGGUGAGGUCUGGAAAGUCCUGCUGGAGACUCCAACAUCAUGGGCAGCUCUGGCCCCGACAGACCCCUUAGCCACGGAUCCUGCCUUCCAAAAAUGCUGCUCUGCCGCCCUGUUCGCUGGCACCAGACGUUGUGCUGGCUCUUUACCAGCCCAUGUUCUCCAGCAAGGAAGUGCAAAGGAAGGGCUGAAAGAGGGUGGAGGGUCAGGGUUCCCACAGGGGCCUGCCUCGGGCAGUUUCUUCACAGGACCGGCUCGGACCCUUCCAAGCACACGCCCUCCUGGCUGGGCCUCUAUCUCAAGAGUAAGAGCAGGGAGUCAAGGAGAAGAAUAGUUCCAGGAACUUGGAAUCAGCUAGUAGGAGAGGGGUGGGAGUCAGAGCCGCGGG